AUGACGGCAGACGCCGCUCUCGUCGCCCCCUCGUAUCGAUCCAGCGGCAAAGCCGACGCCAAAAGCCGCUGCGGUGGCAGCCAUCGCGACGAGUGCGUCGACCCGCUGCGUAUACCAAGCGAGCCGACACGUGGACCGUGUCCACGUAUACAGACCGAGCGUAUACACGCGGCCACGAAGUCCGUCGUGUCCUGUAGGACCGAACCUAAGCAGUCGCCGCCAAAACAGCAUAAGAAAGCGCGCAAGCAACAGCAUAAGCAACAGCAUAAGCAGGCCAAGCGACGCAGUCACAGCGUCCACGAGCUCCCUUCUGCUGCUACUUCAGCUGCUACUUCAGCCGCCCACCACGACUCGUCCGUCUCCCCCCCUUCUUUGCGAAAGAACCGGUCGGUCUCACUUGGGGCCAAGAAGCACGUGAUCUGGGGCGACGUCUCGGCCCGGGAGUUCGCGCGGUUCCCCGGCGGAGGCGGCGCCGUGCCGUACGAUGGCACGUGGGCGCUCGGCCUCGGGCACCAGGUGUCCGACGUGGCGCUUGGCAGUGUCUUGGAGCGCGAGACGCGGCGGCAACAGACGCUGCAGGACCGCGUCGAGCACUUGUCCCGAGCCAGACGCCGCGACGUGCGGGAGGGCGAGACCCGUCAAUUUGACUACCGACGAGGGGUGGAGAACCCGCUGUUUGCGAGGCUGAGUGAGGAGGAGCGGAAGCGGGUGUUCGCACUGGUGCAGGAGGAGAAGGAGGUGGAGCUGAGGGGGAAGACGGGGCCAAGUCGUGCGAGUGAGACGCGGCUGCCGUCGCCUCUGCACGGGCCCAACCCGUCGCGACGGAAGAACUCGACGGCAAGUCUCGACGCCUUUGAAGAAGGCGCCAGUGGAGACGACGCGGCGUGGCGGACGCCGGACUUUGGCUGUCUCUCCAUCGAACAGCUCGAUGAGUUCACGCGCAUCCGGGACUCUCGGGACGGAGCCGGUGGCUGCUCGUGUGGCGACUUGGUCAAGAAAGUGGCCAAGAUGAAUGUGAAGAAACUACGGGCGUUCUUGCAAGAGCGACAGGUGGCGCAGCUCCCGGGAGUGGGCAAGACGGAGCUGAUGGCGGCUGCGAAGAAGCUGGCCCGGGAGCAGAAGAACUGCCAGAGCACGGACUCGGACUGCGAGUGUGCGCGCAAUGGCGUGCCGUGCCACUCGGACGUGUGUGAAGGCUGUGCGGGUGACUGCUGCAAUCCGUUCCAGCGCUACGUGUACAGGAGCGUGGAAGUGCAGCAGUACCGCAAGGAGCAGCUGGCCAAGUACCAGCAACUUCAGGGUAAAGUGCAGCAACCAGACGACGUGACUGCGUCUGUCUGCGUCAAUUGA